CCAGGUGAUUCCUUAUAUAAGCUACUGUUCACUUCUUCAAUCGGAGUUAAUUUAUCAAGGAACUAAAUUUAUUUGUUAUCGUGUUAAAUUGUUAUAAUUACUAAUUGUUUCUGUAUAUAAAUUAAUUAGUAAGUGUUGGAGUCUCUUUUGAGACAAUUACCGAUUAAAUCUGUUGAUCAUGGCUGGUGCUUCACAAGAAUAUGUUGUCAGAGCUCCAAAUGAAAACAGUAAACGUUUCAAUGUUAUGCGAUUUGCCAACUCAUUGAAUGUUGAUGUUACCAAAUGGAAGAGUGCUCGAAUGGAAAGAGAACGAAACAAUGUUAAACAAGCUGAAAGGGCGGUUACUGAAGAGGCACCUAAAUUUGGCUUUGGUUCGGAAUAUGGUAAAGAUGCUAAGGAUGAGGCUAGAAGAAGACGAUGGGGACAAUAUGCAAAGAAAAAAGAUGAUUGUCCAUGGACUUUGAGAGUUGGUGGUAAAAAUGGAAAAAAAUUUAAAGGGACCCGUGAAGGAGGUGUCACUGAGAAUACUUCGUAUUAUGUAUUUUUUCAAGCCCAUGAUGGAGCGUUUGAAGCCUUUCCGGUCAGUGAAUGGUACAAUUUCACGGCAAUUCCUAGAUACAAACCAUUAACUUCUGAGGAAGCUGAGGAAAGAUACGAAGAGAGAGAUAAGAUUCUCAAUCAUUUCGCUGUGAUGGCCUCCAGGAAAAACACCGAAGGUGGUGAAGCCGAGCAAACAGGGACUAAAUUACAGAAGAAUGUUAAAAAAUCGAAAGAUUUCAAGGUAACUGAUAUUGAUGACUGGGUUGACUCUGAUCAAUCAGGUGGAGGUAGUGAUGAAGAAGGAGAAGAUGGAGAUACCAAAAAGAAUGGUAAAGGUAAAGCCAAAGGAGCCGCUAAAAAGAAAGGAGGAAAAAAGAAGAAAAAAGGAUCAGAUGAUGAUGAUGACGAUAGUGAACCAGGCGAAGAAAGUGACGAGGGAGACCAUGAAGCUCGAGAAGUUGAUUACAUGUCCGACACUUCGUCUGAAUCAGGAGCAGAAGAUCUAGAAGAAAAGUUGAACAAAGAGUUAAAAGGAGUUGAAGAUGAAGAUGCUCUUAGAAAAUUAGUACUUUCUGAUGAUGACGAAGAAGAGGAAGAAGGUAAAGCAAAAGAAGAUGUAGCCGGUACUAAUAAAGGAAAUGGAGAAGAUGCCCCAAAGGGCAAUGAUUCAGACGGUAAAGUUAAAGUUAAACAAGAAAAAAGUUCUGAUUCUGAUACUUCUGCAUCGGAUGAUUCAGAUGACUCAGAUUUAGAUGAUUCCAAAUUCCAAAGUGCUAUGUUCUUACAAAAGAAAGCUGCGUCGAAAAAUAAAAAAGAAUCAGAGCAAAAAUCUUCAAGCUCUAAGUCGAGUACUCCCAUGGCCGAUCAACCAGGUCAAUCCAAUAGCACCUCGAAUAAUGGUAACAACAAAGAGACUAAUUCUAAUGGUGAAAAUGGUAACGGAAGUGGUACCAGUUCUAUUGUUGGUAAUAAUGACGGAGAUUCCAAGUCUUCGGUGAAGAGGAAAUUCCCCUCGGCGGAAAAUAGUCCAGUUAUUAGUAAAAAAUCAAAGACAAGUGAUUCUGGAGGUGAAGCAAUUAGCGAGGAGGCAGUUCGACGAUAUCUAAUGAGGAAGCCAAUGACUGCUGCUGAACUUUUACAAAAAUUCAAAGGACGAAAGGUUCCGUUGAGAGGACACGAUUUAGUUCAAACAAUAGCUCAUAUUUUAAAGAAAUUAAAUCCAGAUAAACAAACAAUCAAAGGAAAAUUACAUCUUUACAUUAAACCACCAACUGGACCAUAAAUGAAUUCAUUUAACAUUUGACCAGAUCAAACUCAUCGACACACAAACACAAACACAACCAGUAUCAAAAGUCUUGUCUUUUUGCAUCAUCUACUCUACACUCUCGAAAAGCAAUGAUUUAUACACUUAAAGCCAUUAAUUAAUUGUUCACAACGAGCUAAUUUAUUUAUGAAAUGUUAACUCGAGUGUUUAUAAGAGCCUGUUCUUGGUUUUUACUCUUAUCAAUUUUUUUCUCCCUUUUUUUUUUUGCUUUCACCAACAAUCAACUCAACAAUUUAUGUAUAUCAAAAAUAAUCAAGUUGAGUUAAUUUUCCAAAAACCCGUUUAAAUCACAAACAACCAUUAACAAACUGUGAUCAGUAUGUAAUGACAAUUAACACUAACCUAAUCGACACAAAUUGUAUGUCAACUUUUGCUUGUUCCUAUUGAAUGUUGACUAAAAAUGAGUCGAUCUCAACAUAAAACAACCAACAAAUCUAAUGUCAAUUAUUACAAUCAGAUUGACAUGUUAAUUCAUUCAAUCGGAUUAAAUUGCGAAUUAAUAUCAA